GGGGCGCCGGCUUCCCGCCUGGGCGCCUGCUGCCGCUCCUGCCGCUGCUCAGCCUGGCCCUCUGCGAGCCCCGAGCGCCGGGCGCGGACGCUUUAGAUGUCUGUGCCACUUGCCAUGAACAUGCUACCUGCCUGCAAAGAGGAGGGAAGAAGAUGUGCAUUUGCAAAUACGGAUUUGUAGGCAAUGGGAGGACCCAGUGUAUUGAUAAAAAUGAGUGCCAGUUCGGAGCCACUGUGGUCUGUGGGAACCACACAUCUUGUCACAAUACACUCGGAGGAUUUUAUUGCAUUUGCCUAGAAGGAUAUCGAGCCACAAACAACAACAAGACGUUCAUCCCCAAUGACGGCACCUUUUGCACAGACAUAGAUGAGUGUGAGGUUUCCGGCCGGUGCAGGCAUGGAGGACGGUGCGUGAACACUCGUGGGAGCUUUGAAUGCUACUGUAUGGAUGGAUACUUGCCAAAGGGUGGGCCUGAGCCUUUCCAUCCAACCAGAGAUGCCACGUCGUGCACAGAAAUAGACUGUGGCACCCCUCCUGAGGUCCCAGAUGGCUAUAUCAUAGGAAAUUAUACCUCUAGGCUUGGCAGCCAGGUUCGUUAUGCCUGCAAAGAAGGAUUCUUCAGUGGCCCAGAAGAUACAAUUUCAAGCUGCACAGCCUUGGGCACAUGGGAAUCCCCAAAAUUAAAUUGCCAAGAGAUCGACUGUGGCCACCCUCCGGAAGUGCAGCACGCGGUCCUGGUGGGGAAUCACAGCUCCAGCCUGGGCGGUAUGGCUCACUAUGUCUGUCAAGAGGGCUUUGAGAGCCCUGGAGGAAAGAUCACUUCUGUUUGCACAGAGAAAGGGAUCUGGAGAACAAGUACUUUGUCAUGCACAGAAAUAAUUAUAGAAAUUAAUGAUGUGUCAGUGUUUAAUAACACUUGUGUGAGGUGGCAAAUAAACCGAGGAAGAAUAAACUCCAAGAUCGUAUAUGUGAUAUACAUAAAAGGACAACGGUUGGACCCCAUGGAAACAGUUCAUGAGGAGACAGUUAAUUUGACCACAGACAGCAGGACCCCGGAAGUGUGCCUAGAUCUGUACCAGGGCACCAACUACACCAUGCACAUUUCUAUUGCCUCUCCCAGACGCUCUGUGCCAGCCACCAUUGGGUUCCAGACAGCUGGUGAUGAUCUCUUAGAAGAUGACAGGAUUUUCAAUAUUUCAAUACUUAAUGAAGCUUGUUUGAAAUUGAACAGGCAUUCUAGGAAAGUUGGAUCAGAACGAAUGUACCAAUUUAAAGUUCUAGGUCAAAGGCGGUAUCUGAAUAAUUUUUAUCACGCAACAUCAUUUAACUUCACAACGAGGGAACAAACUGCAGUGGUGUGUUUAGAUCUGUAUCCAGCAACUGAGUACACAGUGAAUGUCACCCUCCUGGGAUCUCCCGAGCAGCACUCAGUGCAAAUAACAAUAACAACCGCACCAGCAGUAAAACAGACCAUCAGUAACAUUUCAAUAUUUAAUGAAACCUGCUUGAGAUGGAGAAGUAUGAAGACAGCUGAUAUAGAGGAGAUGUAUUUAUUCCACAUUUGGGGCCAGAGAUGGUAUCAGAAGGAAUUUGCCCAGGAAAUGGUCUUUAAUAUCACUGCCAGCAGCCAGGCUCCUGAGACGUGUUUGGACCUGAGGCCAGGUACCAACUACAGUGUCAGCAUCCAGGCUUUGUCUUCUGAACUUCCUGCGGUCAUCUCCCUGACAACGCAGAUAACAGAGCCUCCCCUUCCAGAAGUAGACUUUUUCAUUGUGCAUGGAGGGCCUUUACCACGCCUGAGACUGAGGAAAGCCAAGGAGGAAAAUGGACCCAUCAGUUCAUAUCAGGUGUUAGUGCUUCCCCUGGCCCUCCAAAGCACAUUUGUUUGUGAUUCUGAAGAGGCUACCUCAUUCUUUAGCAAUGCUUCUGGUGCUGAUGGAUAUGUGACGGCAGAACUGCUGGCCAAGGAUGUUCCCGAUGAUGCCAUGGAGAUAUCUAUUGGAGACAGGCUGUACUAUGGGAAAUAUUAUAAUGCACCCUUGAAAAUAGGGAGUGAUUACUGCAUUAUAUUACGAAUCACAAGUGAAUGGAAUAAGGUGAGAAGAAGCUCCUGUGCAGUUUGGGCUCAAGUAAAAGAUUCAUCGCUCACGCUGCAGCAGAUGGUAGGCGUCGGGCUAGGCUCCCUGGCUGUUGUGAUUGUCCUCGCAUUCCUCUCCUUCUCAGCAGUGUGAUUGCCGAUGCUGCGUGAAGAGGAUGCACUGCUGCUGGGGCAGAUGUUAUGACGGCUUCUCAGGUGUCUGCACAGUGGCCCUGUGUGUGCGUGGGCCUGCAAUCCCAUUUCUGGAUUCAAGAUGGUGACUAUCUCUUUGAAAUCCCCCAAAAGGAGGACACUCGGGAGUUGUUGAUGUCUUCCCUGCUACACGACCAGUUCUGUGUCUCUGAACUUGAGAACCUUGAUGUACAAUGUAAUAUUGACCACAGGCUACAGGUCACAUGGACUGGGCCUGUGUUCUCCUCUGAGUGAUGCCUGAGAGUCAGCUCCUCUAGGCACUGAAUGCAAGAGACUGUCUGCUAGAAAAAGUGUGGGCUAGAAUUUGACUUUAUGAAGGAGGUCAUUGCAAAGGCUAGAGAUCAUUGACAUAGGCGAAUACGGUAAACACUCUAGAAGCCCUUUUCCAACAAUUGGUUGACACACUAAUUAGAAAGUAUGCUAGCCUGGCCACUCCAGUAAGUUCCCUGCAGUAUCUGUUAGGCAGUGUUGCUUUGAUACAGUUCCUUUUGUCUUAUAUGUAUUCAAAAGCCAUAAGUCUUCAUUUCAGUAAAAAUAUUCUGUUAAUUUAGACAGUUCUCUUCCACAUGAAUGUUUAGAACAGCCUUGGCAAAUUUUGUUUUCACUGAACAUUUCCUAAAAAUGCUCUGUGCCUCCUUUUAGACUUGGGGGUGGUGUGGUAACAAUGGCUUGCAACACUAUGAAGCCCACGGCAGAGUCCUUUGUUUACAGGGGAGGGGAGCAAUGCGGGCGACACGAUCGUCCCUUUUAUCUACAACGUCAGUAACUAUGAGUGUUACUUUAUCAUGAACCAUGUCCCGGACCUACUGUCAAUGUGCUGAAUUUACAGAUGGAGCGGAUUCGAUUUGACUUUUAAAGCCCGAAUCUGUUCUUGAACUUUCCUCCAGAACCAACAGUGUAACUCCAAGGCUCAGCAAGGAACGAAGGGAGAAGAAGGAUGGAGGCUUGUGGCUUCUCUAAGUGACGGUGGUGUCCUCCUCUGCCUUCUCCCUCCCUCUCCAGGCCUAGAGAAUAGAAAGCAUGGGGAGGUGUGGGGGGGACAGUGAUAUUGCCCAACUCGGGGUGCAGCAUAUAUGAACGUGCUCCUAGAAUUGGGCAACACCACAGUCCUGAGGAAAAGGGACAGUCUUUCCCACAUGGUGGGCUGGUGUGUUCUCCACCGGCUCACUGGGCACCGGUGAGGGACACAUCUGAGCAGCCUGGGCUUGUAGGCAGAUGAGGAGACAUGAGCGAUGAUAGGAACAGGUGGCAACUCUCUAUGAAGCUGCUCCCCCAGGGGGAUCUGGCCCAAAGCAUAUCCUCUCAACUGGGAAGAGUCAGAGAGAGGGAAGUGAUACCCUGAUGCUUGAGUUUUCAAGGCCAGCUGUCGGCCCUGGCCCCAGCCAGUACAGGGCAGUAUUAGGAAUAAUUGUCCUUUGUCCUCUGAGGUGUCGUCUCAGACUACAACUUAGGAUCAACAUGUAGAACACUUCCUGCUCUCAUUCAGGUAAACUGUAGAGUAGAACUCUCAGUAGACUAAUGCAAAUAGCUUCCGACUUUUAAUUUUUAUGUGCAACAGUUCAAACUCAUACAGUUUUCACAGCUCUUGAAUUAAAUUUGGAAUCUUUACAAAUUAUUUGGUUAGUAUUAGGUAGGGUCUGUGAUGAGUAAGGAUUUUCCUCCAAGCCUCCUCUAACCAAAGAGAGAAUCUGAGUUUCUCCCCCUUAUUAUUAUUUUUACCAGUUCUGUAAACACCAUAUGUUUCUGUAGUCCCCCUAAUUUCAAGUUCUAGAAUUAACUGCCAGAGAAGCUACAUUUGUCCACAUGGGAACUUAGCAUAAUUGUCAUUGAAAGGAAGAAGUCCUAUUUGUUUGGUAUCAAAAGUUUCUCGUUAAGAAAACUGACUAAAUAUGAAGUAAAAUGUACUUCUGGGUACAGUGCAGAAAUGUAAAAGCAGUUCAUGAAAGAAUACUGAAAUAACAAAAACAUAGAUUUUGUCCCUUCCUCUAAAUGUUCCAAACGAUGGCACAGAGUUGCUCAGUAUUAAUACUUAACAGAAGUAGGUGCUGAGCAUUUGCAAGAAGGAUGUGCCAUUUUCCUGCAGUUCUUUUCUGAUCAUUUUCUCAUGCACAUGAAGGCAGCCUUAAGUUCUCUGAAUUUGCCUGGUAGCUUAACCACAAUACCAUCCCUUUUUUUCCCAAGUGGAUUUCUGAUUAAGGCGGGGAGAGCAUCUCAGGAGACCAAUAGUUGGUCUUCCUAGAAGCAUGCAGGGUCCUUCUGGUGAAGGACUGAUCAGGUAGCAUUCAGAGUUGGGUUAUGAGUGCCACUAAAUAAAGCUAGAUCCUCAGAUAGUGAUGGAAGAAGGAUCUUUUCCUUAUUAACUGUCUUGGGGAUAGUGUGUAGAGGCAAGUGCCAAGAUCCAGUCUUGAGCUCCCUUCUAGACUAGGAAUCAAAACGGAGGGUUGCCCAGAUAUGGAGCAGAUUGUUCCCUGGCUGAAUUUUUUUUUUUUUUGGUGCCCAUAGUUUUUAUUUAUCUCCACCAUAGUUUUUGUUUAUACAUGUUCUUUCAUUCCAUCCUCACAGCAGUUCUGUGUGGUGGGAAGGUUAGGAGUUAUCAUUUUCCCAUUUUAGAGUGGAGAGAUGGGUUCCGACAGAGACGUAACUUCAAUUGUGGGGCCGGAUAUUCUGCCUGCAAGUCCAGUUCUCAUUCCGGGGAUUUGACAGGACAUUUGGGUUCCUGGGAGAGUUAGGCUUUUAUAUUUCCGAACUAUAUAUAUAUAUAUACAUAUAUAUAUAUAUAUAUAUAUACACACUAUAUAUAUAUAGUGUAUAUAUAUAUAUAUAUAUAUAGGCAUUGCUUUUACUAUUAUAGCACCUGUGUCGUUUUAUACUUAUCUUUUCACUGUGAUAUACCUUCCCCCAUCACUUCUAGAAGGAGCCACAAGCAACCAAAAUAGAUGGAGGUUAACUAGGGGAAAUAGGUAAUAGUCCAUCCAUGACUCCAGACCUAAAAUUGCAGCUGGGCCCUUAAGAUUAAGACCAGAGCAAAAGUCAUUACCCUGAAAUUCCAUAGUGGAUUGGAAUAAAGUUAGUAUUUAAAUCGAUUUUAAAGGAGGUAAAAAAGAAUUCUCAAGGCUCCCUUUUUUUGCUAAUCUCAUAUUCCGCUUUCCUAACCCUUUAAUUUUUCCAUUCCCUUCAUCAGAGAGAAAACCAGUGGGUAGUAGACGUCAAUCAAAUGGUGUUUUAAGGACCAUUUGCCUCCCACAGCCAUCGUUGGUUAAACUCAAGUGCCUGAUUUUGGAGAGGAAAGUGCGUGUGGAUUUUUCUGUGUCCGUUUGUGGGCAGGUGAUGCAAUGAGGCAAAUCAAUUUUAAAAAGUGUACGUCCAUUGUUUCAGAAAGAGAGAGAAUGAAUGAGUCAUUCUGGUGACGUGUGUGUGUGUGUCUCUGCGUAUGUGCGUGUGUGUAUCCAUAUCCAUACUUUUUUGGCAUAACUCAAGGUUACCAAAAUGGGGUCAAACUAGGCAUGUGGUUUGUAACAUGCACUGGACACAUUUUUCAUGUCAAUCAUGAUGGCAUUAAAAGUUGGUACCAUAAUUUAUUUAACUAAUACUCUGUUGAGUAUUGUGCAUUUAGAGUGUUUCCAGAUGUUUACUAUUCUUAUAUAUGUCUGUAUAAUUGUAUGCAGUUAUCACUUACGCUAAAUUCCUAGACUUGAAGUUAUUGGAAUGAAAACUAUAUACAUUGUAGAUUUACUACAUAUUGUCAGAGGAAUCUCAGAAAGUUUAUACCAGUUUAUGCUCUCACCAGCAGGAAGCCUCAACAUACCUGGGCAUCGUUGAUAUUCUUAAUCUUGAUUAAUCUGGUAGGUGAAAAAUGACCUUUCAAUGUUUUGUUUGCAUUUCUCGGACUAAUCUGCAUGUUGAUUGGUCAUUUGUAAUUCUGUUGUGGUGAUAUGCCUUUUUUCUCAGUAGUUGGCUUGUUUUAUAUUGAUUUGAAGAAAGUUCUUUGUAUUAUAGUAAUUUUCACUUUUAGCUGUCACAUGUGUUGUAAACAAAUUUUCUACUUUAUUAUUUCCCUUUUGACCUGUUUGUGUCAUGCAUUGCCACACAAAAACUUUAAAUUUGUGUAGUCAAAUGUAUCAGUUUUUUUCCUUAUGUAUUUUGCCUUUGGUACCAUGCUUAGAAGGACCUUCCAAUCUCAAGGUAAUAACUAUAAUUCAGCAGUCAAAAAAAACAUUUAAAUCUUUAAUCCAUCUGAAACAUUUUAGUAUAAGGAGUGAGGUCAGGAGGGGUCUUUUUUUAUUCUUGCUAAAUGUUUUAGCCAGUUGUUCUAUUAAUAUUCCUUGACUGUUAUUUUUUUCCCCUCGUGAUUUGACUCGUAUACUGAAUCAUAUACUAGAGUCUAUUUCUGAACUUUCUCUUUUGUUCUGCUGAUUUAUUUCUGUGCCAAUACCACCUGCUAUAAGUUUAAAAUAGGGUGUUUUUUUUUAGUACCAACUAAAAGUAAGUUACCACCCUUUUUCUGUUAAUUCUCAGCGUAUUCUCAGGUUUUAUUAUAUAUUUAUUCAUGUAUACAUAUUUAUUAUAUGUAAACUAAAGAAUUAUUUGGUCAAGUUCCCCCCAAAAUCUUCAUAUUUUUCUUGGGGAUGUAGUAA